UCCGGGGAGACCGGAUAUAGUGAAUGCAGGGUCCGGGGAGACCGGAUAUAGUGAAUGCAGGGUCCGGGGAGACCGGAUAUAGUGAAUGCAGGGUCCGGGGAGACCGGAUAUAGUGAAUGCAGGGUCCGGGGAGACCGGAUAUAGUGAAUGCAGGGUCCGGGGAGACCGGAUAUAGUGAAUGCAGGGUUCAGGGAGACCGGAUAUAGUGAAUGCAGGGUUCAGGGAGAUCGGAUAUAGUGAAUGCAGGGUCCGGGGAGACCGGAUAUAGUGAAUGCAGGGGUCCGGGGAGAUCGGAUAUAGUGAAUGCGGGGUCCGGGGAGACCAGAUAUAGUGAAUGCAGGGUCCCGGAGAGACCGGAUAUAGUGAAUGCAGGGUCCGGGGAGACCAGAUAUAGUGAAUGCAGGGUCCUGGGGAGACCAGAUAUAGUGAAUGCAGGGUCCGAGGAGACCAGAUAUAGUGAAUGCAGGGUCCGGGGAGACCAGAUAUAGUGAAUGCAGGGUCCGGAGAGACCGGAUAUAGUGAAUGCAGGGUCCGGGGAGACCAGAUAUAGUGAAUGCAGGGUCAGAGGAGA